CUACGUAAUGGCACGUGGAGAAAGGCACAUGAGACUAGAAAGGUCGAGGGAGGCGGAGAGUUCAACGAUGACAUGGCAACAUGUAGAGAAAGCGCAGGCCACGAAGGUGCUUUAAAAAUGGACGAUUCAGAUUCCGAUGAGCGUUGGUUAAAUACAAAAUUACGGCAGCGACUAGCAAGGAAGGACGGUGAUGGGGACGGAUGAGAAGCAGAGAGAGGAGACGAAUGUGAAAAAAGAGGACGGCGGAUUAACGGUAUUCACCGGCAGAGAAGAGUUGGGCUCCAGCGUAUUACUCCGUACGCUUGCUGCUCUUGGAAUAUGGCUUGGGACCAUUCAUUUCAAUGCCCUUUUGGUCCUUUUCUCCCUUUUGUUCCUCCCUCUUUCCAAGGCUCUUGUGGUAUUCGGAUUGCUUCUCUUCUUCGCGAUCAUUCCAAUCGACGAAAGAAGCAAACCCGGCCGAAGAUUGGCUAGGUACAUUUGUAAGCAUGCUUGCCGUUACUUUCCGGUGACUCUACACGUGGAGGACAUACAAGCGUUUGAUUCUAAUCGUACUUAUAUCUUUGGUUAUGAACCGCAUUCAGUUUUACCAAUUGGUGUUGUUGCACUUGCUGACCUAACUGGUUUUAUGCCUCUCCCAAAAAUAAAGGUCCUCGCCAGUAGUGCUGUAUUCUAUACGCCUUUUUUGAGGCAUAUUUGGACAUGGUUGGGUCUUACUGCUGCAACAAGGAAAAAUUUUGUCUCCCUCUUAGGAGAUGGUUAUAGUUGCAUCCUAGUGCCUGGUGGAGUGCAAGAGACAUUUCUCAUGCAGCGCGGUUCUGAGAUAGCUUUCCUUAAGGCAAGAAGAGGAUUCGUGCGCAUAGCGAUUGAAAUGGGCCUUCCUCUAGUUCCUGUUUACUGCUUUGGUCAGUCAAAUGUUUACAAAUGGUGGAAGCCAAGCGGGAAGUUAUUUUUGAAGUUCUCUAGAGCUAUCAAGUUCACGCCAAUAUUCUUCUGGGGAAUUUUUGGUUCUCCUUUACCCUUCAAAUAUCCAAUGCACGUGGUGGUGGGUAAACCUAUUGAGGUGAAGAAAAAUCCACAUCCCACAACGGAAGAGGUGAUGGGAGUACACAGUCAGUUUGUUGAAGCACUCCAAGAUCUCUUUGAUAGGCACAAAGCCCGUGUUGGCCAUCCUGAUCUUCAAUUGAAAAUUCUGUGAUUGUGAUCGUUACUGAAUUUAUGUUUCUGAAUUUAAGUCAAGCCCGUGUUGGCCAUCCUGAUCUUCAAUCGAAAAUUCUGUGAUUGUGAUCGUAACUUAAUUUAUGUUUCUCAAUUUAAGUCAUUGCCGUUCCCCCCACUUUUUCAUGUAUAAUGUUUUAUUCCGUUAUGAUUAAAAACGCUGUGUCCCGUUAGUAUGAGUUAAACAAACACUUUGAAUUA